GAGAUUGACCGGUUCCCGGGGAGAUUCGCGGUGGCAGAUACGUGCAACACGAAAGGCCACGGCGUCGUUUCGCCCGUGAACAAGCCAAGUCACGAUCUGGAGCUCUUGCACCGAGACGUGAAACAAUCCCGUGAGACGAACGAUGCGAGCAACACGGUGAAGAGACAGCGAUGGCAGCAGCGGGAACGCUUGUUCGAGGCAGUUCCGAUCCUCUCCUUGCUCGCAACACUCGAAGAGAGCGCGAAGAAGUGGGAAUCAUUGUCGAGAUCACCUUGGCAAGGUCCAUGGGUUCGUAGAGGGCAUGAGAGCUCAUCAUGUUCGAACACCGACACGGGCCACGAACGCUGUCGACCUGCAUCCUCCUCGGCG